AUGCCAAAAAAAUCAACUAAUUUUUGUGAGGAUAAUAUUGCUGCAGCAAUACUAGCUGUUGAUAAUGGCAUGUCAAAAAAAGCAGCUUCCAAACAAUUUAACAUCAAUAGAUCAACCUUGCAAUUUAGACUUAAAAAUAGAGACAGACCAACAUUUAAUUGUGGCCCUUCAAGUAUCCUAACCAAAUUAGAAGAAGAAAUUCUAGUACGGUGGCUUUUGGAAUGCUCUAAAAAGGGAUUUCCUAGACGCAAGGAGGACUUGCAGUUGAGUGUCAAGCAGUUCUUAGAUGAACAAGGAAGGUCUAGCCCGUUUAAAAAUAAUUAUCCUGGAAUUGCUUGGUAUAAAGCCUUUUUAAGAAGAAACCCUGUGAUCUCAGUUAGAACAAGUGAACAUGUGACAUCUGCAAGUGCAAAUGUAAGUGAGCAAAAUAUUAGGAAGUGGUUUGACGAUAUUCAUCAAUAUUUAUCUGAUGAAAAUUUGUCAAUUAUUUUAAACGAUCCUUCUCGAGUUUUCAAUGGAGAUGAAACAGGUUUUUCUCUUUGUCCUAAAACAAAGUCUGCCCUAGGGCCAAAAGGGGCAAAAGAUGUCUAUGAAGUGGCCAAAGGAAACGAGAAGGAAAAUUUAACUGUUAUGUUUACCUUCAAUGCGGCAGGAAUUAUGUGUCACCCAAUGGUUAUCUAUAGCUAUAAACGUAUUCCCCAACAUAUAAUUGAUUCUGUACCUCCUAAUUGGGGAGUUGGAAGGUCUGAUACAGGUUGGAUGAAGGCUGAAGUGUUUUAUGAAUACAUUGCUAAUGUUUUUCAUCCUUUCUUGAUUGAAAAUAGUAUUCAAUUUCCUGUUAUUCUCUUUGUCGAUGGGCAUAAAAGUCACCUUACAUACCAACUAAGCAAUUUGUGUUCGCAAUUAAAUAUAAUUCUUAUUGCUUUGUAUCCUAAUGCUACAAGAAUAUUACAACCAGCUGAUGUGGCCGCAUUUAAACCUCUUAAGUCUGGUUGGAAAAAGGGAUUAUUUGAGUGGCGUAAUCAAAAUCCAAAUUGUGCAGUUACAAAGAAAGAUUUUGCCCCAAUAUUAGAUCAAGUCAUAAAAAAUACUGUGAAAAGUGAAGUUUUGACUAACGGUUUUAGGGCAUGUGGGUUAUACCCAUGGAAUGUAAAUCAAAUAGACUUUAAGAAAUGUUUAGGAAAAAAUAAAGGUCCUGAAUUAAAUGAUACAGAUAAUAGUGACAUUACCAAAAGUACUAAUACUGCUCAUGCUACUCGACUAAGUUUUAAUGAUUUUUCUGAUAUUGUUGGUGUUGAAACAUUGGAGAAGUUUAACAGCAUACAUGAUGAGGUAGAAACCCAAAAGUAUUCAGAAGAAUUUUUUACUUUGUACAGAUUAUUUGAAAAAUUAAAGAAGGAUAAUAGUGAUGAGAGCACUAUUCGAUUAUCACCAAUAAAUUCUACUGCCCAACCUUAUGAUAUUAAUAGUACUAAUCAAAUAUCACCAUGCAACUUUAAAGCACAAUCUCCUGAUUGUAUUGUUAUUAAUAAUCAAAAUGAACUAUUAAAACAACAGACAUAUAUCACAACAUCAAGUAACAUUUUAGAAAAACCUGUAAGCACACCUACAAACUUUGUUAAUGUUAAAAAGUUAAAUAUAACACCAAUAGAGUCAUGUCUUGUGUGGCCUGUAACUCCUGAACGAAAAAACAAUAGAAUGACUGAACGAGUUCCUUAUGUUAUAACAUCCAAAAAUUGGAAAUAUUUGUAUGAACAGAAAGAACAUACUAAACGAACAAUUGAAGAAGACAAAGAAACAAGAAAAAGACUUAGGGAGGAAAAUAAAAUUUUAAAAGCAAAUCAACCCACUAAAUUAACAAAGCAAAAAGUUGUAAAAAAUCUUUUUCCAGUACUUAAUAAAAAUAAAAAACCGACAACUGUCACUAGCCAAACUAUUAGUUAUAAAAAUUUUGAAGGUACUAAUAAUGCGGACAUAGAUCUUGAAGAACCUUUCAAUAUAAAUGUAUUUAAUAGUGUAAUUGAAAGUGGUUGUUGUAUUUCAUGUGACACUGAAAUAAAAGUUACUGAUUUGGGUGUUGAGUGUAAUUUUUGCAACAAUAAAUACCAUCAACGAUGUGCUAUGAAAGAUACCAAUGAUGAUCUCAAUUGUGAAGAUAUUCUCUUUAUUUGUCAAAACUGCGAAAAGGCUGUAUACAUUAAUUAA